AAAAGGGAUGAAGGGCGUUAUAAAAUAAUGGAAAAUACAGUCUUAUUUGUACAAUAAGUGAGAGGCGAAUAAGGAGGUGUUUGUAAUAUAUUUCUUAUAGCAAUAAUGACUUCCGAAGCAGAAGAAAAGUGUUUCGUUUGCUCAAAAACCGGCGGCAACUUGAACAUCUUCACCACUUAUAAUAUCUGCAAUGACAAAGAGGAAUUGUACGUUGAUGUCAUUAAAAACUGUUUCAGCGUUGAGAUUGGGCAGGACUCAAGUCUCAAUUCGAUGUGCACUGAUUGUAGCAUUAAAUUGAGAAGGGCAUAUACAUUUAAAAAUGAUAUAAUACAAGCAGUGCACAAGUUGGUUGUUUUACAACAUGCUGAUGCAGAAGAAACGGAAUAUACCAAGAUUGAAUAUUUAGAACACACAUUUGAAAACGACUAUGACAUCAAGUCGGUUCUCAACCCUGAAACCGGACAAAUAUCUUACACUCUAGACAAAAUCAACGAAAACAAAGAAACAAACGAACCGGACACUUAUAUGAUUGAUUUAGAGAAUGACAUCGUAAUCACUAAGAAAGAGUCUGAGAAUAAAGGGAAGAAAACUAAACGAAAAAACGAAGUUGUAAAAGAGAACUUACCUAAUAAUAUAAGUAAGAAACCAAGUAAGGCUAAGAAAAAGAAAGAAACCGUAGAAACGGAUACUGAGAAAUCUAACUUAGAAAAUGUUGUCAAAGAUGACGCAGAGAAAGUUUGUAAGAAAAUCAUAACCAUAGAAGGUAAUUUGGUUAAUGCACCAAAUACUGAUCAAGAGGAGAAAAAGAAUAAGCCAAAGAAAGUAAAAAAUGCCAAAAAGCCCAAAUUCACUCUCGAGCCCGGCCAAACGCAGUGUUCCCUCUGCACCACCCAGUUCGAGACCAACAAGGCCCUCCGGGUCCACAUGAACGCUCACUACCCGGACCAUGUGUGCGGGGAUUGCGGGAUGGCCUUCGCCAGCCAGCAGAGGCUGCGGUCUCAUGUGUACCAGACCCAUAACCAAGAGGAAUCGCCCACUUGCAAGUACUGUGAUAAGAUCUUCACCAACGUAAACACCCGCAACGCUCACAUGUGGCGCGUCCACACUAAAGUCGACCCGUACAAGUGCGCGCAGUGCGGGGAGCGUUUCAAAACGUACCUCAAACGGCUGCGGCACAUGCAGGCGGCGCACGGAGACUCCGUCACGGAGUACGCGUGCCAGUACUGUGACAAGAAGUUCGCUUAUGCCGCGUACAGAACGAAGCAUAUUCGCACGGUGCACCUCGAGUCCCGCCCCCACAAGUGCCAGGACUGUCCGUACAGCUUCGCGCGCCGCCGCGAACUCGACGCGCACCGUGCAAGCAAGCACGGAGACGGCGAGUUGAAGUACCAGUGCACCGUGUGCAAUAAGAGGUUCUUCUUUAACACCGCCCUCAAGUUCCAUCUCAAUGUACAUAACAGAGACAGAGUGCUAGACGCGCACCGUGCAAGCAAGCACGGAGACGGCGAGAUGAAGUACCAGGGCACCGUGUGCAAUAAGAGGUUCUUUAACACCGCCCUCAAGUUCCAUCUCAAUGUACAUAACAGAGACAGAGUGCUAGACGCGCACCGUGCAAGCAAGCACGGAGACGGCGAGUUGAAGUACCAGUGCACCGUGUGCAAUAAGAGGUUCUUCUUUAACACCGCCCUCAAGUUCCAUCUCAAUGUACAUAACAGGUAA